AUGGCUCCUCCGGUAGACUCCGUUACGGUCAAGGAGAGCCUGUUGCCACAGUCUGGGGAUGAUCCACUAUCGCCUGCGCAGUGGGCUACGCUCCUUGCCUUUGCCGAUGCUGUGGUGCCGUCCAUAGCGCCGUCUGCUACUGCCGACCCAGCGACGCAGCUCGCAGUCGGUGCGAAUGAAUACGCUACCACGCUCGCCAAUGUGAAGCAGCUGGCCGGUCCAGAUGUCGCCCCAGAGCUGCCCGCACAGUAUCUCGCCGAAAUGCCGUCGGCGAGUCCAGCCUUUCGAGAGAACAUUCGCCGCCUGAUGGCCCAGUACAUUCCGGUGGAUGUCAGGAAGCAGUUCUUGGGGGUUUUCGACAUCCUGAACACGCGUCCAGGCGCGCUGGUGAUGACAGGCUACUCGACGCCCUUUGCGGAACAGCCCGUCAACAUUCGCAUAGCGAUUCUCCAGAGCUGGAGAACAGCAAGGACGCCGAUGUUUCGGCAGUUGAAUAAGAUGCUCACUUCCUUGAUCAAACAAAAUUGGGCAAAGUCUAGUGUGACCCUAGGGCGUAUCCUGGGAUUUCCUCGCGUUCCUGUCCAUGGCUCUGUUGGCAAAGGGUUCGAGUUCGAAUUCAUCCAGAUGCCUCCUGGAAAUCAACCGGAGAUAAUCGAGACGGACGUCGUCAUCGUAGGCAGCGGAUGCGGAGCGGGAGUAUGCGCAAAGAACUUUGCAGAAGCCGGCCAUCGCGUCAUUGUGGCGGAGAAGUCGUACUAUUGGUCCCCUGAGCACCUUCCGAUGAAGGAAACGGAGGGAUUUGACCACCUUUUCAUGAACGGUGGGUUUACCAUAUCUGACGAAAGCACAAUAAGCGUAGCUGCAGGUCAAACAUUCGGAGGGGGCGGAUUUGUGAACUGGUCAGCUUCAUUGCAAACCCAGGGGUACGUCCGCCAGGAAUGGGCAGAUGGCGGCCUUCCUUUCUUCACAUCAGCCGAAUUCCAGAAAUCUUUGGAUGCUGUUUGCGAAAGAAUGGGCGUUGCUACUGACCCUAUCAAGCACAAUUCGACCAAUCAUCAUCUUUUGGAAGGCGCACGGAAGCUCGGGUGGUCUCACAAGGCUGUGCCCCAGAAUAGUGGAGGCGCGGAGCACUAUUGUGGAUAUUGCAGCAUGGGCUGUGCAUCGUGUGAGAAGCAAGGUCCACACGUAUCCUUUCUCCCAGAUGCUGCACGCGCCGGUGCCAAAUUCAUCGAAGGCCUUGAGAUCAAGAAGAUCCUGUUCGAAAAGAAGAAAGGAAAGACCACUGCGGUAGGUGUUCGCGGUACAUGGGUGUCCCGCGACGAGCACGGAGGUGUGGCCGGCGCUCCGACAGUCCGGAGGGACGUGAUCAUCAGGGCAAAGCGCGUAGUAGUCUCCGGCGGCACGAUGCAGAGCCCUCUCCUUCUCCUCCGGUCCGGUCUCAAAAACCCGAAUAUUGGGCGAAAUCUCCAUUUGCACCCCGUGUCGUUCGUGGGUGCCGUACACAAGGAGCGCACGAACCCAUGGGAAGGAGGAAUCUUGACUGCAGUCGUCAACGAGUUCGAAAAUAUUGAUGGAAAAGGCCACGGUGCCAAGUUGGAGGCCGUCAACAUGAUGCCGUCCGUCUGGCUCACAAUUGCGCCAUGGAUAGGCGGGCUGGAAUACAAGGACUUUGUGCCUCGCAUGAAGCACAUGGUGGGCUACAUUUCUCUGGCUCGCGAUCGUGAUACUGGACGGGUAUAUCCAGAUCCCAUCGAUGGACGCUGUCGCGUCUCGUACCCGUUGUCCUGGUUCGACAGGAAGAGCAUCCUGGAGGGAGUGAUUGGUCUUGCUAAACUCCAGUACGCCGCCGGUGCGAGCGAGAUAAUCACGACGGUCUCUGGUUGCCCGUCUUUCAAACGGAUGGAAACCGGGGAGGAGGAUGUCGAGGGAAUCAACAACGAAAGGUUCCAGGAGUGGCUGAAGGAGAUCAGAAGAGUGAACUUGCCUCACCCAGAGACGUUGUUCAUGAGCGCGCAUCAGAUGGGAACCUGCCGCAUGGGUACAUCGCCGAAGACGAGCGUCGUAGACCCUGAAGGCAAAGUCUGGGGGACCGAGGGGUUGUACGUUGCAGAUGCCAGCGUCUUCCCUAGCGCCAGUGGUGUCAACCCGAUGGUAACCGUGAUGGGAAUUGCGAAUUGGCUCUCGCGAAAUAUCUCAGCACACAUGGCGAGGGAGAAAGACCUUGCUAGGCUGUAG